AUGCCACCGACUGUUACAACUGGCGACCAAUUUAAACUGUCGAAUCUCCCAACGGACACAAUUAGUGCAGUGCACUUCCAGCCAGGAAAGGGUGCUCAAUUCCUCCUGGCGUCGAGUUGGGACUGCAUGGUGCGCCUCUACGACGUAACCUCUGGCGGUCAGCGCUCUGCCUACGAGCACGCCUGUCCUGUGCUCGCAAGCUGUUUCGCCGACGCACUGCAUGCCGUCUCGGGUUCUCUGGAAGGUGCCGUCAAGUAUUUCGACAUUAACACUGCGCAGGUAACAAAUCUCGGCAAAUGCAAUCGCGCUGUAAGCGUUGCCUUAUAUAGUCAGGCCAUUGGGGCUUCCUUGACUGGCAGUUGGGACAAAACAGUUCGCAUUUGGGACCCCCGCGCCGCCAAUCCCCCCUCUAGUGGAGACGCCGGAGGUGCUGUCUCGGUCCACCAACAGCCUGAUACUGUCUUCACAAUGGAUGCCGUAAACACCACUCUGGUGGUGGGUACCGCAGGCCGGCAUAUCGUGCUGUGGGACCUCCGUAACAUGGCUCAGCCCAUGGAACAGCAGGAAUCAACACUGCGCUACCAGACUCGCGUCGUCCGCUGCUUCCCAAAUGGCCAGGGUUUCGUUGUUGGCUCCAUCGAAGGUCGCGUUGCCGUCCGUAUGUUUGACAAAAGUCAAGAAUCGCAGAAGAGGUCUUACGUUUUCAAGUGCCACCGCGUAAAGGAGGAGAAAAGGGAGAUCAUUUACCCUGUGACGGCGAUUUCCUUCCAUCAGCGAUACAAUACUUUCGCUACUGGUGGAUCCGACGGCAUGGUGAAUACGUGGGAUGGUUUUAAUCGUAAGUGGCUGGCUCAAUUCGAAAAAUACCCCACAACAAUAAGCAGCCUAGAUUUCUCUGAAGACGGUACCCAGCUGGCGAUUGGCGUGUCGUAUCUUUUUGAGAAUGGUGAGAUUCCCGACCCCCCGGCACCGGCCAUCUACAUUCGAUCUGUGGCAGAUUCAGAGGUGAGGCGGAAGAACUUCGCUCCACCGCCUGCGCCUCCGGUUUCAACCAGUUCAGCUAUCCCAGCGGUCCCACCACCGAGGUUCUAG